AUGAAUUCUUCAAAAGAAUCCUUAGACAAUUCAAUUAACGAUAUUAAUUUUUCCCAAGAAAUUUUCAAGCGUCUUCGACGAUCUAAAAAAAGAAAAAGUUCAAACUGUGUGUUAACAAAGUGUCGAAAUAUCGGAUUAUCUAAAAAGAAUGGAAUUUCAAAUGAAACCCGAUCGAAAACGAGCCAAAAAACUCAUUCGAAUAUCAUACACGAUAACUCGAAUGCAUCAUCAUCGAUUGUAUCAACUCAACAAUUACAAAAAUUAGAAUCAUGGGGUCUUCCACCAGGAGUUCUAGCGAAGUACGAGGAACGAGGUAUCAAAGAAAUGUUUCCGUGGCAAGUUGAGUGUCUGAGUAAUAUCAAAAUUUUAAAUGAGCAUGCAAAUUUAGUGUAUUCAGCUCCAACAUCGGCUGGUAAAACUCUUGUUGCUGAAAUUCUCGCAAUUAAAACUGUUUUAGAAAGACAACGAAAAGUUUUAAUAAUCUUGCCGUUUGUCUCAGUUGUACGAGAAAAAAUGUUCUAUUUUCAAGAUAUUUUUCGAUCGAACGGUGUACGCGUUGAAGGUUUUAUGGGUUCGUAUAAUCCUCCAGGUGGUUUUUCGAAAGUACAAGUUGCAAUUUGUACGAUUGAAAAAGCGAAUAACAUCGUAAAUCGUUUGUUAGAAGAUAAUAAUAUCGAGGAAAUCGGGGCAGUUGUUAUCGAUGAAUUACAUUUAUUAGGGGAUCCAAGUCGUGGAUAUUUACUAGAAUUACUCCUAACUAAAUUACUUUAUAUAUCGAAGAAAAAACCCGAAUUUAAAAUUCAAAUAAUCGGUAUGUCGGCAACGUUACCGAAUUUAAGUUCACUCUCAACAUGGUUAAAUGCCGAACUGUUUAAAACUGAUUUUCGACCAAUACCAUUACUCGAACAAUGUUACAUGAAUGGAGUACUUUAUGAUUCGAAAAUUGCGGUAAUUCGAAAAAUCGAACCACAUCCAGACAUACCGAAAGAUAUGGACAAUAUUAUCCAAUUCUGUCUCGAAACAAUUUAUUGUUCGUGUUCGGUUUUAAUUUUUUGUUCGGCAAAAAAUUGGUGUGAAACAUUAGCACAACAAAUUUCGAGUACAUUUCGACAGCUUGGUCGUUCCGAAUCACCGUUGGGUGUAUGUUUACGUGAACAAUUAAAAACCAAUUCGAUUAUCGAGGUUUUAGAACAGUUAAAACGUUGUCCAGUCGGUUUGGAUACGAUUUUAAAAAUAACCGUGUCUUUUGGAGUGGCUUUCCAUCAUGCCGGUUUAACAAUCGAUGAACGUGAUAUAAUCGAAGGGGGAUUUCGUAACGGAGCCAUUCGAGUACUGGUAGCGACAUCCACACUCUCAGCAGGGGUUAAUCUUCCAGCAAGACGUGUUAUAAUACGUUCCCCAAUGUUUGGUGGGAAACCAAUGGACACGUUAACAUAUCGACAAAUGAUCGGUCGUGCUGGAAGAAUGGGAAAAGAUACUGCAGGGGAAAGUAUACUUAUAUGCCAGAAAAAUGAGAAAUAUGCCGCAGAACAAUUACUUUCGGGGAACCUUAAACCGAUUUCGAGUUGCUUAGAAGGUUCUGGACGUUUGAAACGUGCCAUUCUUGAAGUAAUCGCAAGUGGGGUUGCAAUUUCACCAAAUGAUGUUAAAUUAUUCACCGAAUGCACUUUACUAGCGUCCAGUGAAAUUUUCGAUGAAAUUGAGAAUCCAAUCGAGGAGACCGUACAUUUUUUAUUACGCAACGAAUUUAUUCGCUUACAAAAAAGCGAAACAAAUCAAAUGCAAUAUGUUGCGACGUCCCUUGCAAAAGCAUGUUUAUCAUCCGCUAUGCCGCCGGAAGAAGGCUUAACGUUAUUUGCUGAGCUAGAAAAAGCAAGACAAUGUUUUGUUCUCGAAUCGGAGUUACAUAUCAUCUAUCUGGUUACUCCGUACAGUGCUUGCAAUCAAUGGGGAACUAUUGAUUGGAUGUUCUAUCAGAGUUUAUGGGACGAAUUAUCGCAAGCAGAUCAACGGGUUGGCGAAUUAAUUGGUAUCAGUGAGAGUUACAUUGCUCGUGCCAUGUCUGGGCGGAUAAAUAACUCAAAAUCUCAGCAUCGCUUGCAUAUACAUCGUCGAUUCUAUGUUGCGCUGGCACUUCGGGAAUUAGUUGAAGAAGUACCGCUUGCGACAGUUGCUGAGAAAUAUAAAUGUAAUCGAGGUUUAUUGCAAUCGCUACAACAAUCGGCGUCAACUUUUGCGGGAAUGGUGACAGCGUUUAGUAAGCAGUUAGGUUGGAGUAGCGUGGAAUUAUUGGUCUCACAAUUCCAGGAUCGUUUACAAUUCGGGGUCAGUCGUGAAUUACUCGAUUUAGCUCGAAUGCCAUCGCUUAAUGGAAUCUGUGCCCGAUUAUUAUUUAACGCGGGUAUCGAAACGAUUGUUAUACUUGCAUCGACCGAUGUAUGUACUUUAGAGAAUAUUCUAACGAGAGCUCUCCCCUUCGAAAGGGAAAACGAUGGAGAAACAGAUUACGAGAAACGUAAAAAAUUAAAAACCGUUUGGAUUAGUGGGAAAAAUGGUUUAACCGAACGUGAAGCGGCUGAAAUGUUAAUUAUUGAGGCACGGAAUUUCUUAAAAUAUGAGAUGGGUAUUGCUGAAGCUAAAUGGGAUACGGAAGUUAGUUCGAAUUCGACACAAAUCGAAACUGCGGAUACACUUGAUACGUCAACGAAACUUUAUGUUAGUUUAAAUUCGAUUACGCAAGCAUCGAAAAAUUCAACGCAAAACACAAGCGAUAAUCUUAAUGAGAAUGUAAUCGAUAAUUCUAAAUCAUUAACAUCGAAAACUUUCGAAGUAGAAAAGACUUUGGAAAACAUGAAUGAAAAUCUAAAUGAUAAUGUAAUCGAUAAUUCUGAUUUAUCAACAUCGAAGACACAAGAAAUUACUCCCGCGAUAAUUGAUAAUUCUUUACCUCGAACCUUUGUACUAGAAGAAAAUAAAGAAAACCAUUCCGAACUUGUUCAAAAUUCGUUACCUCGAACUUUUGUUUUAGAAAAUAAUGAAAUGAAAAUUAUCAACAAUAUUUGUGCAGAUGAGAAUUCGAAAUCUACUUCCUCGAAAACUAAUCAAAGCGUCGAUACGGUUUUGGAAAAAAUAAAUGAAACAAAUACCAUCGAAAAUGUACAAUUUAAUUCGAAAAUAUUUGAAUCUGAUUCCACGUUCGACAAUAUUUGUAUAGCUGGACACUUUUCCCCAAGAAGUAAUCCUGAAAAGGGCGAAACAAAAAUAAAUGAAUCGAAACUUUUUGGAAACGAUGAAAUUCAUUCUAAAAUGUUUGAAUCGGAUUCCAUGUUCAACAACAUUUGUGUAGCUGAGAAUUCGAAAUCUACUUCCUCGGAAACUAAUCAAAACGUCAAUACGAUUCUGGGAAGGAUAAAUGAAUCUAAAACCACCGAAAAUGCACAAUUUAAUUCGAACAAUAUUUCUAUAGCGGGAAAUUUAGAAUCGAAAACAACUACCCCAAGAAAUAAACAAAGUCCUACAAAGAGCGAAACAAAAAUAAUUGAAUACAAACCUUUCGAAAACGAUAAAAUCAAUUCGAAAAUGUUUGAAUCUGACUCCAUAUUCAACAAUAUUUCUGCAGCAGAGAAUUUAGUACCGAAGCAAACCUCACAAAUCGAUGGAGCAAAAUUAAAUGAAUCUAAACCUUUCGAAAAUGUUGAAAUCAACUCAAAAAUGUUUGAAUCUGAAUCUAUGUUGGAUAAUAUUUGUAUAACUGAAGUUUCUGAACAGAAAUCAAUCCCUUCUGGAAGCAUUCAUGGCCCCAAUAUGUCCGAAUUGCAACGAUCUACAGAAAAUCAUGAAAUCAUCAUCCGAAAUUUUGAAUCUGAAUCCAUGUCCGAAAAUGUUUCUACAAAAGAAGGCAAAAAAGUUUUGGAAUCAAAUUCAACUCCUCCCGUUACUAAAUCAAAUAAUUCAUCGUUUCAAACUCCAGAUAGUUUUAAUGAUGGAAUAUUCGACGAAACUCCAUCGGUUUUGAAUCGUGUACAACUUUGUGCCGAAGAAUUUGCUAAAGCUAGUGAUUAUUACGUGUUAGAAAAUAAUUUUUCGUCAAACAUAGAAUUUAAUAUUUCUGGUAUGAAUUUAAAAACAGCAAAAAGUUAUAAUUGGUCGACAUUGGAUAACGCACAAUUAACCGAUUUGGAAAAUAAUAAGACCGUAUUGAAUGAUACAAAUAAGAGUGGAAGUUUAUUCGACGAAAGUAUAUUAAUUACUUCGAAUAUUUGUCAAAUUUUAGAUAAUCAAAUCGAAAACCAAUUGAAAAAUAACUUAGACUCGAAAGAAGAAUUACAAGUUGAUGAAAAUCACCUAAAAAAUUCAUUUUUAGAGCAAGCAUUUGAUAGUUUUACAAUUUCAAAUAAUUCGAAAAGUUUAGACGAUGACAUUGUAUUAAAUUCGAACGAUGAAUCCAUGGAGAGUCCAUGUUUCGAUCGAACGGGAAAAUCAACGUCCAAAUUACAUGAAAAUACUAAAAGAAAAUUAUUGUUAAUUAACAAAACAAUGAAAAGUGUAAUAGUGACAAAUAAUAAACGUGUUUUAAAAACAAUUAAUAAAGAUAAAAAAGAUCAAAUUGAGACAAUAAAACACAAUAAAGAUAAAAUUGAGACAGUAAAUUCACCAAUGGCUUGUGAAAAAUUUAUUAAGAGUAAAAGUGAAAUUGGAAAUCGUAUGAUACGGUAUCGUAGUGGAUUGAAAAAUGAAAAUUCAAAUACGAAGAAAGUGAAUCGAUUUGUAAUUAAUGAUCGUCAAGUAAUUGGAUUUUCCGUGUAUUGUGAAUAUAAUAUUGUGUAUUUUUUUUCGCUGAGCGCAGACGCAUUUGUACCUGAAAAUGAAAUAUUGGAAUUUUUUCAAAAAUUAUUUUUGAACAAGGAAUUAACUGUUUAUCAAUUCGAUGCCAAAGAACAGAUUAAAUUAUUGUUACAGUUAAACUUUUCUAUUCAAUGUAAAUAUCUUGAUCCAAAAAUUAUUGAAUGGCUUUUUGAUCCAGAAAAUCGGGCACAAAGUUUUCAUAAUUUGAUUCGAAAUUAUUCACCCGAAUUGAAAGAUUUAGCAAAAUCAGCUGGAAAAAGUAAUUAUCAAGAAAGUAUCGCAUUGAACAUCGAUAGUUCUAUAUCUGGAAAAUUAAGAUCGGCCACGGAAGCACUCUGCACUUGGCAUGUAAUUGAAGCACAACAAUCGAAAAUCAUCCAACAGAAAUGGAACAUGAAGAAAAUUUUAGAUGUGGAAAUGGGUACGAUCAUAUGUUUAGCAAAUAUGGAAGUGAUUGGAUUUGGUGUGAAUACUGAACAAUUGGAUCAGAUAUUGUCAAUUGUUCAAGAAAAAAUGGCGGACAUAGAAACCGAAUGUUAUUCAUUAGUGGGCAGACAUUUCUCACUGGCAUCAUCAACGGAGGUGGCGAAAGUAUUAAAAUUUGCCAAAACCCGUACGAAAGUCUCAACGAAUAAACAAGUAUUAGAAAAAUUAGAAAAUCCACUGGCGGCGCUAAUAAUAUUAUGGAGGAAAUUAAACGCAAUUCUAACAAAAACAUUGUUUCCAGUGUUGCGUGAAAUUAACGGAUCUCGAAUCUAUUGUUGUAGCGAUAGCUUUAACGCAACCGGACGAAUCACAAUGUACGAACCGAGUUUACAAAGUAUACCGCGAGACUUUGAGAUCCCGAUCAAUGAUUCGAUAUUAAUGUUAAGUGUUCGAAGUGCAUUUGUACCGAAAGAUGGAUAUGUGUUAAUUUCAGCCGAUUACUGUCAGUUAGAAUUACGUUUGCUGGCAUAUUUUUCGAAGGAUAAACGAUUGUGUGCGAUUAUGCAUUCGGAUGAUGAUGUCUUUCAAUUAAUCGCUGCUAAAUGGAAUCGAAUUCCAAUUGAUGAGGUGGACGAUGUUACACGAAAUCGAGCGAAACAAUUAUGUUACGGAAUUAUUUAUGGUAUGGGUGUGAAAACUUUAAGUGAUCAAUUGGAAAUCGAUGAAAAUCAAGCGACCGAAAUGAUAGAAUCAUUUAAAAAUACUUAUCCGAAAAUACGUGAUUUUAUUGAGGCUACCAUUGAGAAUUGUCGUAAAGUGGGUUAUGUUGAAACGUUAUACGGACGUCGCAGAUAUUUGGAACAUAUCAACAAAUCAAAUUCCUUGAAAAGUCAAGCAGAACGGCAAGCUGUCAAUACAACAAUUCAAGGAUCUGCAGCGGAUAUUGCAAAAACAGCAAUGGUUCGAAUUCAUAAAACUUUACAGGAGCAAUACGAUGAAACGGAAAAUGUCGCUAAUUUAGUUCUACAUAUGCACGAUGAAUUAAUUUACGAAGCGAAAAUAACCGAAUUAAAUUCGGUUAUGGUCAUUAUUAAACAUUGUAUGGAAUCCGCUGUACAUUUAUCUGUUCCGUUUCCUGUGAAAAUUAAAUAUGGUUAUUCGUGGGGUGAAAUGGAGGUUGUUGAUAAUGUAGCAGAACAUCGAAGUCGGUAA